GUGAGCUGAGAUCUUGCCACUGCUCUCCAGCCUGGGUGACAGAGUGAGACUCCAUCUCAAAAGAAAAGAAAAAGGCUCUCAGAACAAAGCAUAAGGUUGAUUUGUCCGGAGUCGGGUUUGCUAGAGAUGGUGGCCACGCAGCAGGAGAUGAUGGACGCGCAGCUGAGGCUCCAGCUGCGGGACUACUGCGCCCACUACCUCAUCCGGCUGCUCAAGUGCAAGCGCGACAGCUUCCCCAACAUCCUGGCCUGCAAGCAGGAGCGGCACGACUGGGACUACUGCGAGCACCGCGACUAUGUGAUGCGCAUGAAGGAGUUUGAGCGGGAGCGGAGGCUGCUUCAGCGGAAGAAGCGGCGGGAGAAGAAGGCGGCAGAGUUGGCCAAAGGCCAGGGACCCGGGGAAGUGGACCCCAAGGUGGCCCUGUAGGGGGUGCACCCCCCACCCUAUGGACCAGUCAAAUAAAAGCCUUCAGGCCCCUCAA